AUGCCGCGGAAAGACAUCCACUUCCAGACUGACGACGGUGUCACGCUCCGAGGAUGGCUGUUCACCCCCGAAAACCACAGUGGCAAGUUGGCCUGUCUUGUCAUGGCCCACGGCUGGUCGGCAGUCAAGGAGAUGGAUUUGGAACUCUUCGCGAACCAUUUCACGUCGCACCUGGCAUUGGCCUGUCUCGUUUUCGACCAUCGGUCCUUUGGCGCCAGCGAUGGCGAGCCGCGACAUGAGAUUGUCCCUUCGUCGCAAAAGAACGAUUAUUCUGACGCAGUGACUUACGUUCAAAGUCUGGAUGGGAUCGAUGCGGACAGAGUUGGGAUAUGGGGUACUUCCUACUCUGGCGGUGUGGUGCUAGAAGUCGCUGCUGUGGAUAAGAGAGUGAAAGCGGUGCUGGCACAAAUACCCUUUACAACCGGACCAGAAACAUAUCGCCGACUAAUGAGCAGCGACUCUUUGCCGGAAUGGGCGAAAAUGUUCCAAAAUGAUCGCCUGAACCGUAUGGCUGGCAAGGGGCCAACAUACAUUCCAAUUGCGGGCAAAGAUCCUCUAGCAAUGGUCGCCCUCCCCAAGUGGGAUUGCUACCACUUUAUGAUUGAGCUGGGUCAAGUGCCACCAGAGUGGGUCAAUCGAGUGACAGUCAAGAGUGUCGAGCUCAUGAGUGUCAACGACCCCGCGGCGCAAAUUCAUCGCAUAUCACCAACACCGCUCCUGAUGACAAUCGCUGAAAAUGAUACCUUGACGCCGACCGAUCUUGCGUUGGAGGCGUAUUCGCGCGCACGAGAACCGAAGCAACUACACCUCAUUCCCGGAGGACAUUUUGAUGGGUAUGGAGGACCGAACUUUGAGCGCAACGUCGGGACGCAGACCGAGUUCCUGGCCAAGUGGUUGUGUAAGGGAGGCUCCAGCGUUGCCAACUAG